ACUAAAGCGUCGAAGCUCGACGAUCGUGGAAUUCGAAACUUUACAUUCCAAAUUUGAAUCUUUUCACUUUAUUUUCUCGAUGUAAAAAUAUUAUUUUCAGCCAAUGUCUAAUGUUACUUUUUGAUUGUGAAUAUGAGAAAAAAAACAGUGAUGUGUUUGAAGUUGAAGUUAGUUGUGUUCGUUAUUUCAGUGUUGUUUCGCUACACGGACUCCGUUGAUUUACCCAGAUUUGUGGGUCCAGGGUCAAAUGUGACCGUUGCUUUGGGCCGAGAUGCCUCCCUUACCUGCAGGGUUGACAACUUGCAGACUUUUAAGGUCGCGUGGCUACGCGUGGACACGCAGACAAUCCUGACGAUAGCGAGUCACGUGAUCACGAAGAACCACCGCAUCGCUAUCAGCCACGGUGACGGGGCGUGGACCCUGAUCCUCAGGGACGUGGGGCCCUCCGACGGGGGCCGCUACAUGUGCCAGGUCAACACAGAGCCUAUGAUGAGCCAAACGCAUCUGCUGCAGGUGGUAGUUCCACCGGACAUAGACGAUGAAGCGAGCAGUAGUGAAGUAUUAGUGAAGGAAGGAGAAGAUGCGGCUUUGAGCUGCGUCGCCAAUGGUACACCAGACCCAACCAUCAACUGGAGGCGAGAGGACUCCAGACACUUCAAGGUUGAUAACCAGACUUUAGUGUCAAAAUGGAGUGGGCAGUGGUUGAACAUCAGUGCGGUGGAGCGCACUAUAUCAGGAGCAUACCUCUGUAUAGCCAGCAACGGCGUGCCUCCUUCAGUCAGCAAGAGAAUACAGAUCAACAUUAUGUUCAGCCCGUCAGUUUGGGCGGGGCGGGUGGCGGUGCGAGCGUUAUAUGGGAGCGCCAUCAGCCUUCAAUGCACCGCUGAAGCCUACCCUCCUCCUCAGGUCUACUGGACCUUGAAUGGUGAACAGAGACUUGUCAAUGGCUCAAAACACAGCCUAAGUAUGUCGACGCGAGGCUACAGACAUACUCUAACGCUGCUGGUGACAAACAUGUCGAGGGACGACGCGGGCGCAUACAGGUGCCAUGUCGAGAACUCCCUUGGACGGGCGCAAGCGGAGUUGUAUUUGCAUAUGCUUACGACGACUACGACGACGACGACGACAACGACGACUACAACGACUACUACAACCACAACCACCACCCCGCCCCCCACCACUUCAUUACCAUACGAUACUGAAAGACAUUUGGAGCAACUCCACCGCGGGGUGCUGGAAGACCCAACACUCGACAACUCAUACAUCGUGCUCAGCCAACAUCAAAUGCAGAAUCUUGAAAUGGCAACAACGAUCUGACCGGAAGCAGGGCGCGGCGUCGCCCCCUGGAGCGAUGGCUGGCCGCCCAUCCACGAUAGAGCCCCAGCUUGCGCCCCCUGGCCGUGGCCUCUGUGGCCCCUCGCUUUUAUACUAGCCCUCAGGCGGACUUAAUUCGUGAAAACAAUUAGUGAAACGAUGGUUGUUGAACGGUACUCCAGACUCAAGGUUCGGUGAAAUUUUCGUAAUUUCAAAGUUGAGUGUUAGUUUAGCAAUUGAAGUGUAUAAUGUUUUAUUUGUUUGUUAUUCUUUAUUAAUAAAUUAUUAUAUAAUGCUUUAUGUUUGUGAUUCUACUUUUGUGUGACACGUGUAGUUUUCUGGCCUAUUGUUACUGAAAUAAUUUAUUUAUUAUUUAUUUAUUUAUUCAUGGAACU